AUGGACCAAGUGCUCCAAGGGCUACCAAAUGUACAUUGCUUUCUUGAUGACAUUCUCAUCACAGGCCAAGAUGAUGCGCACCAUCUGAGAAAUCUCGAAGCUGUUUUGAGUCGUCUUGAAAAAUUUGGGCUCCGAGUCCAAAGGGAGAAAUGUGAGUUCUUCAGGAGCUCGCUAGAGUACUUGGGGCACAUGAUUGAUUCUGUAGGGCUCCACAAGUCUGAUGAUAAGAUCAAAGCCAUUGUGGAGGCCCCCGUGCCGACCGAUACGACCCAGUUGCGCUCUUUCCUUGGGCUCAUCAACUAUUACGCACGCUUCGUCCCGAACAUGUCGACCCUUUUACACCCAUUGAAUUCGUUGCUACAUAAGGGGGUGAAGUGGGAAUGGUCCGGGAGAUGUGACGAAACUUUCCAAAAAGCAAAGGAACAGUUAUCUAGCAAAAGUGUACUGACGCAUUACAACCCCAGACUGCCAGUUAUACUUGCCUGCAAUGCCUCGCCCUAUGGGGUGGGGGCAGUCAUCUCACAUCGACUGCCAAAUGGGGAAGAAUGGCCCAUAGCCUUUGUUUCGCGGACGCUUAGCAAGGCAGAGCAGAAUUAUGCUCAAAUUGAGCGAGAGGCAUUAAGAAUAAUAUUUGGGAAACGUUUUCAUUCAUACCUCUAUGGCCGUCAUUUUACCCUACUUACUGAUCACUGGCCCUUGACAACAAUCUUGAGCCCUAGCAAAGCGACACUGUCCAUGGCUGCCGCAAGACUACAGCGCUGGGCACUCAUAUUGGCAGCGCACGAUUAUACAAUAAGGUACAGAUGCGCCGCUGACCAUGGCAACGCAGAUGGUCUCUCGCGUCUGCCUCUGCCAGUGCAACACAAAGAAAAACAAGGGACAGUUGACACAUGUCUGAUAAAAUACAUUGAAAGCCUUCCAAUCCACUGCAGUGAGGUGAAAAGAGAAACCAAAGCAGACGCCACACUCUCACAGGUGAUCGAGAUGGCAUCAAUUGGUCAUUUUCCACCAGCCAAGGACGUAGACAGGAGUCUGGUCCUGUAUAUCGUACGGAAAGAUGAACUCUCUGUACUUCAAGGUUGCUUAAUGUGGGGAAAUCGAGUUGUAGUCCCACCCAAACUAUGUCAGCAUGUCUUAGACGAACUCCACGCCGGACACCCGGGCGUGGUCAAGAUGAAAUCCCUGGCGAGGAGCUACGUGUGGUGGCCGGGUCUGGAUGUGCAGGUGGAGGAGAGGUGCAAGACGUGCACCCCGUGCCAACGAUGUCAAAAGAGCCCUGCCCUCACACCGCUGCACCCAUGGCCCUGGCAAACAGGUCUGUGGCAGCGAAUUCAUAUCGACUUCGCCGGCCCCUUGGAGGGGCACAUGUUCUUCGUCAUUGUGGACGCUCAUUCCAAGUGGCCCGAAGUCAUAUUGACGGAUUCAACCUCAUCUGUAAAAACAAUUGAAGUUUUAAGAGGCCUCUUCAGUCAUUACGGAGUACGAGAGGUCCUAGUGAGUGAUAAUGGGCCUCAAUUCACUUCUGAGGAGUUUGCCCACUUUUUAACAUCCAAUGGCAUUACGCACAAACGCUCCGCUCCUCUCCAUCCGGCAACGAACGGCCUGGCAGAACGUUUCGUGCAGACAUUUAAACAUUCUCUGAAGUCGUCGAGGGGUACAGCUUCGGUCCAGCAGCGACUCGAUGCUUUCCUGCUACACUACAGAAACACCCCCCAUGCCACUACAAAAGAGUCACCUGCUACGUUGUUUCUCCAUCGCAGACUGCGCACCCGCCUAGACCUGCUGAAACCGAACGUGUCAGCAGUGGUGGAUCGAGCACAAGAGGACCAACAGCGACACCGUGGCACACACGCUAAAGCGAGAACUUUUGAAGUGGGAGACCCGGUGCUUGUCCGGGACUAUCGGAAGGGGGAGGAAAAGUGGAUGACUGGUACAGUUACAUCGCAAGCAGGGCCAAGGUCGUACCAGGUCGAAGUUGCAUCAAAUCAGCAGUGGAAUCGACAUGCAGACCAGAUGGUGGCCUGUCACCCCAGCAUCGUGCAGCCAGCCACAGAGAAACAACCGACACCCACUGCAGUCGUCCCAACGGCCAUGACGGACACCGGUGAUGUGUCAGAGACAGCGAGCCCUGUGUCGGUAACAAGCUCACCACCUUCAGAAUACGACAUGGUGUCAGAAGUGCUGUGUAGCUGA